GACAUCUGCUAUUAUGUUUUGGCCAUGGCCAAGAAUGACACUGGCUUCGGGUUCAACAACCUCUGGGGCAAGAAGUCCUGCCACACGGGGCUCUGCAAAUCUGCAGGCUGGAACAUUCCCAUGGGCACCCUUGUGACAAUGGACCAGAUCAACUGGGCUGGCAUCGAGGACAAACCUGUGGAAGGAGCGGAGAGCGACUGCUUCAUGGUCAGCUUCGCUCCAGGAGCCACUAAGGGUUCUAAGGGUUCAUGUCCCAGCUUUGCAGGGGGGUAGCCAGGCUCACCCAUGCAGCUGUGUAAGGGAGACUGCUCAAGGUCUCACAAGGAACCCUACUAUGACUAUGGCCUUCAAGUGAGUAGCAUUCUGAAAAUCUAGAACCUCCAAGCCCUACUGAACUCAGCAAGAAAAUAAAUGUCCUUUCAACUGCAUUUAUUUUCAGCAAACUUAACGUGUAAAUAUUUGUAUGAACAUAACAAGAGGCAACUGAGGCAAACUGAACAAGUUCCACAGACA